AUGAGAGCCACAGAUUUGAUUCUUAGGCACUUAAUUGUGGCCAACUUCCUAAGUCUUCUGUGUAGGGGUGUUCCCCAAACCAUGGUGGCUUGGGGCUGGAGAAAUUUCUUCAAUGAUGUGGGGUGCAAAAUGGUCUUCUAUCUUUACCGAGUGUGCAGGGGUGUGUCGAUCGGUAGCACUUGCUCCCUGAGCAUCUUCAUUGCUCUGGGGGGUCUUCCUCUUGGUGAGCAUUGUUUUUCUCAUGUACAUGACCGACCCAAAGCACACUACAACAUGACAAGCUUAAACGCCUAUGGAUACUGUUCUUCCGUGAUCCACGACCCUGCUGCUGAUGUACUGUAUGUGGCCAUGCUCUCGGUGCCUGAUGUUCUCUGUCUGGGGCUCAUGCUCUGGGCCAGCACCUCCACGCUAUUUGUUCUGUACAGACACAAACAGAGAAUGGGACAUAUGCAGAGGACCAGUGUCUCCACCAGAGCAUUUCUCGAGUCCAGAGCUACCAUAACCAUCCUCCUCCUGGUGAUUACUUUUGUCUCCUUUUACACCAUGUCCUGCAUCUAUCAGAUUUCCUUGUCUGUGAUUUACAACCCCAGUCCUGUGUUGCACCAUAUAGGGGUGUUUGCUAUGAGCUGUUUCCCAUCCCUCAGCCCUUUCCUGCUCAUGAGCGGACACUCCACUUCUUGCAGCCUCUUCUUCACCUGCACAAAGAAGAAGAAAGUGGUCCUCCCCUGA